GCGAGCAGCUCUCAAAGAUGUGCCCCGUCUUCCUCGCCCGCGGCGAGGGCGAGGUCCUCAGGGACCAGCAGGAGGCGCUCGCGUGUCGGAUGAAGCAGGUGGGCCUCCUCAACCCGCGCUUCGCCGACGACGCGGUGAUGCUAAAAGACGCGGACCACUUCGCCAUUCCUCGUGACGACCCGGCCGCGGCGCACGUGGGCGGCUCCUUCGCCUUCGCGCUCAUUUACUACACUGGCUGCAGCUGCGGGGGCCUCUUCCCGGACGCGGUGCCGACCUCGUGCGAGUACGAGCCGCUGAAGCAGCAGGUGCGGAUGCUCCGCUUCAUUAAAGGCCUCAACGCAUCCUGGGGCAGGAUCGCGCCGCUCUCGCCCAUCACAGGGCCGUGGGCGGCGCGGAACCGCGACUGGACGGAGGACGACUGGGAGUGACAGUCGCGACGUCGCAAUCGAGACACUCUGGUCCGACAGCGGGCGGCGGGCGGGGGAUCUCCGCGCAGCGCAGUACGGCUCCCCAUGUACGUCAACCUCUGGAGUCUGGGACUGUUGUAGACACCGCCUCGGGAUACAAAAUGAGCGU